AUGUAUAAGUCGAAUGGUGAGAAUAAUUUUAUUGUUUUCACGCAUUCCCUCGAUUAAUUCGUGUACGUUUCAGGCCGCGAUCAGAAUGAGCUGCGACGGAAACGAAGAGAAGACGAAGUGCAGAUUCGGAAAGUUAAAUUAGAGGAGAAGUUCGACAGAAACCGCAAAAUCACCGUGGAACGGCCGAUGAUGAGCGACGAGCAAACUUCGGAACUAGUGAGGACGACAGUGGAGAAACUGCAGAGCAUGCAGGCAAAAGAGGUCAACAGCGCCAUCCUCGAGGUUUACGAGAAUGUGAGCAACGGCACGUGGACUCUUCCCCUUCUCAUCAAAGUCGAAAUUCUGAAUAAACUGGCCGACGUCUACUGUAACCGACCGAUAAACGGCGAAGCGCGCGAUGUGGUCUCCCGAAUACUCCUGAAACUGUCGGGACACGAGACAACGGACAGAGAGAAGAGCGACGAGAAGUGCAUGCAGGCGCUCUCUCAGAAUCUCAGCAGUUAUAAUGAUAACGAAGAAAUUCUCUGCGACACCCUUCAAGCGUUCGCGUGUUUCUUCGCUCGCAGCGUCGCUUUUCGAAACCUCGCCCUCGACUUUACAUUUAUUCCGGACCUUUUGGCGUUGUACGAUCGGAAACUCAGCCUCCACAUGAAUCGCUCGCUCAUGUGGAUUACGGCCGUGUUCUGCGAGCGACUCUACAAUUACAGUCCGGACGUCACCGAGAUUCUUCCCUUACUGGAUAUGAUCGCCGACGGAAUUCAGUCGAGCGACUCAAUGAUCCGCAACGACGCCACCGCGACGCUAGUGGCCCUCUCCGACUGGCGGCCAAUCCUCGAGCACAUCUCCUGCUACCGAUUGUGUUCGAUGCUCGUGCAGAAUCUACGCAACAGUUCGGGAAACGCACGUCCGACCGUCAAAUGGGGCAUCAGCUCGAUUAUUCAGACGACGUCACACUUCACCGAAGAAAUGAUAGACGCCGGUCUUUUGACUGUGCUCAGGAGCUUCAUCAACGUCAGCUACAUGUCGCAAGAAGUGUGCUUCAUUAUAUCGAACAUUUGUGUGGAAGGAGUGCACAAUAUAGACGUAAUCCUCCGAAAAUCUGCUCGCCAACAUAAAGAUUGUUUCAGAAGCUCAUCGAGUCGGGAGUUCUGCGAGAAGUGGCGCGAGUGAUGGAGACGUCCGAGUAUCGCGUGCGUAAGGAAGCCGCCUACGUCAUGUGCCACUGCUGUCUGUCUACGAAGCCCGCACAUUUGCAGUACAUGCUCGAAAACGGAAUGCUCGCGCCACUCACGGAUUUGCUCACUUGCAUGGACGCUUCACUCGUCUCCUUUGUACGCCAGAUAAUGUCGCCUUCGUCGAAUAUUCCGUUGCUUUCAGAUUCUCGACGCUCUUCAAGCACUUCUCGAUUUCGGUCUACUUUACUUUAAUUCGGUGCCCGCCUCGAAUCCGGUCGUGGUGAAACUCGAGGAAAUUGGAUGUCGCGAGAAGCUCAAUUUCCUAUGCGAAAGUCAAUGCGUCGACAUACACGCUAAAGCGUACACAAUGCUCGAAAGGUUUUACUGCGCACAUUUUGAGCAGAAUUGAAAUGUUUUGAGAAUUUUAGAGCUUGAUAUUUCAGUUACUUCGAGAACGAAGAUGAAACGCCGGCGAUCGACAUGAACCUCGCGCAUCAAUCGAUCGACGAUACAAUAGAUACGAUUCUGAAUUAUGUGAAUCAAAACACGUCGCCGCCCGUCCCCGUGCCCUCUUCCGAAUCUUCGUAG